AGCGCUCCCUGCCCUCAGCGGGAGCCGCCAUCUUCCCACCCCCCCAACCUCCGCUCGCGCUCUUAAAGGGGCCGCGACCCCCGCGCUGAGGGGGCGGCGGGUUUGGGGUUUGUUCCCGGUUCGCGAUCCCGGUUCUCGAGUGGAAAGAACCGUGACCGCGGUUCCCUCCGGUCACCACAGAGCGUGUAGGAGCGGGAUUGGACCCGACCGCGUCAGCAGGUUGAGUCACUCCAGGACGUGGCCAUGUUUUCCACCCCCAGGAAGUGAGGGAGAGUUGGAUCCCACGGCCAUGGCAGCAGAUGAGAGGGAUUACAACCUGACAGAGGAGCAGAAGGCUGUCAAGGCCAAAUACCCUCCACUCUGUAAGAAAUACGAAUAUCUGGAUCACACAGCAGAUGUGCAGCUCCAUGCCUGGGGAGACACGUUGGAAGAGGCAUUUGAGCAGUGUGUCAUGGCCAUGUUUGGCUACAUGACAGACACAGAGACCGUGGAACCCGUGGAUACAGUAGAGGUGGAGGCAGAAGGACACGACAUGUUGUCUCUCCUCUUCCACCUCCUGGAUGAGUGGCUGUAUAAAUUCAGUGCUAAUGAGUUCUUUGUACCCAGGGAGGUGAAAGUGCUUCACAUCGACCGAAUGCAAUUCAAAAUAAGAUCAAUUGGGUGGGGAGAAGAGUUCUCUUUAGGCAAACACCCACAGGGCACAGAGGUCAAAGCCAUCACUUACUCAGCAAUGCAGAUCUGUGAGGAUGAAAAGCCAGAAGUCUUUGUCAUCAUUGAUAUUUAAAGCAAGAAGAGCGUGGCCAAGUGGAUAUUAUGGGCUGGCAAAAGUCCCCUAAAACUGUAAUCCCUGUGAAAGUAACCAAGGAAUUGGGCAGUUAAAAUCAUAAAUUGAAGGGAGUAACUGCAGGGAAUGUCAGGCAGUGUUUUCAUGUGAAGAUGGUGAGACAGAGAAUAAAAAGAACUAGUUGGGGUUUUGGGGGAUGUUGAGAAGAAGAGAUCUGUAGGAGUUGGAAAUCUCCCAGGAAUGCUGGUAGUCAGCUUUUAAGGCUGGUACAUAUGUAUGAAAUACAGAAAUUAGUGAAGGUCUUAACUAAAAUGCUGCCUUUUUGUAGGGUGGCAGGAGAUAAUGUUCAUCUACGUGAUGUCCUUUGCAGAUUCCACUAUUCUAAUUCUGAGCUGACAUCCCUCCUCCAUUUUAUACAAAUCCCAAAUAGCUGCAGUGGCUCAGAUUUAAUGUGGAAAAAAUUCUGACUGUUGAAAAGACACCUAAAAAAAAAAUAAAAUUAAACCAAUUAAAAAAACCAAACCACCACACCUUUAAAAGUACUUAAAACCAAAAAUCGUGCCAGCAGGUGGUGCUGAAUUGCUGUAAAUAAACUUCCACCUGAAAUCCUAAAGCAUGUGACCGUGUACCUGGAAUCCUCACAUCACCUCUGAUCCCCCUAAAAAGUUGGCAGCUUUGCCAGGAGCUGCACCAGGUUGGAAAGGGGUGCCCCAGGCUCUCUGCAGCUUCACUCCCAGCUGUGUCUUGU